AUGGCCACCCAGGUCCACCAGCAGCCUCACCAGCUGCACGGCAAUGGCGCCGCUCCCCAUGGUAUGAUGGGCCUACAACAGCCCUCGCGAGAACAGGUCCAGCAGAUCUAUCAGAGAUGGCAAGCAAUGAAAUCUGCCGGUGCCACCGAUGCCACAAGCCCAGAAUUUGCCCAGAUGUCCGCCUAUCUGAGAGCGCUCAGCAGUCAGCAGAAUAGCAUGAAGCAGCAACAGCAGCAGAAGAUGCAGCAGGCCCAGCAGGCUCAUCAAGCCCAGCAGGCUCAUCAGGCCCAGCAGGCUCACCAGGCCCAGCAGGCGCACCAGGCCCAGCAAGCUCAGCAAGCUCAACACCAACAGUCCCUUCAAAACCAGGCCAAUGGCGUACCAAUGCAGGCCAAGGGCAACGGAGUCCCCGGCCCAGUUCUCAACCACUCAUCUCCUAAUAAUGCUAAUCUCCAAAAAUCACAACAGUCGCCACAUCCUCCCGUUACACCUUCAAAACCAGAUUCUGCGGCUUCUAACGCCCCCGGUCAUCCUCCUCAGACACCUGGAAACCCUAAAGCUCCUGGAACCGCCAAUCCUUCGCCAUGCUUCACCGGAGAACAGCUGAAUACUCUCAAACACCAGAUUAUGGCGUUCAAACUCUUGACCAGAGGCCAGGUGAUCCCUCCCAACCUGAUGGGCAUUAUUAAUGCUGCCUCUACUGCUGGCAAGGUAGCCGCUUCCAUUGCUGCAACUCCCACCCCUAGUACAGACUCUGCAACAAAACCGCCUGCCGCCGAGAAGACCGAUGGUGCUCUUGUUCCCGUCAGAACCGGAUAUGAAUCAUUCACAUCUCCAUAUACUUUGUUCCUACCGACAAUAUCGCAUUCUGAUCAUGGAAUCCGCGCCAAUCGUCCCCUGAUCCCCAGUAUCAUGCCUACUGGUAUCGAGUUGGGGCGUCUCAAAGAAGAACGUGACAAGGCCAUUGCCAAUAGGAUCCAGGCUAGGAGAGCAGAGCUCGAGGCUAUGGAUAUUAACAUCGCCACCAUUAACCGGACGACUCUCGAGACUAACGAUACCGAACGUGCCCGUCGUAUCAUCGAAUACAAAUCGCUCGCCCUCCUGGACAUGCAACGUGAGAUGAGAAAGCAGAUGGUUCAGAAUAUGGUUCACUAUGACAGUCUUGCCAUGACCACGAACCGUUCGAUGUUUAGACGUAUGAAGAAGCAGUCAUUGCGCGAAGCCCGCAUCACAGAGAAGCUGGAGAAACAGCAACAAGAACAACGUAUCAAUAGGGAGAAACAAAAGAGAGACGAAUAUCUCAAGGCGGUUCUCACCCAUAGCAAAGAUGUUCUCUCCGCCUCUACCACCGGCACCAAGGCCCAGAAAUUCGGGAAACUCAUGGCUGCACACCAUCAAACCAUGGAGAAGGAAGAACAGAAGAGAAUCGAGAGAACUGCCAAGCAGCGUCUACAGGCUCUUAAAGCUAACGAUGAGGAAGCCUAUCUCAAAUUGCUCGACCAAGCCAAAGAUACGCGUAUCACCCAUUUGCUCAAACAGACUGAUGGUUUCCUUAAGAACCUCGCUCAGGCAGUUAGGACGCAGCAACGAGACGCCCGCGAAAAAUAUGGUCGUCCUGAUGGAUACAUUUCUGAAGAGGAAGAGAGCGAAGAUGAAGAAGACGAGGAAUCCGGCAAGAAGAUCGACUACUACGCUGUUGCUCACAGAAUCAAGGAAACAGUUUCAGAACAGCCUAGCAUCUUGGUUGGUGGCAAGCUCAAAGAUUACCAGCUCAAGGGUUUGCAGUGGAUGGUUUCCUUAUUCAACAACAAUCUCAACGGUAUCUUGGCAGAUGAGAUGGGUCUCGGCAAGACAAUUCAAACUAUCUCUUUGGUUACUCACCUUAUAGAAAAGAAGAAUGUCACUGGACCUUUCUUGGUCAUCGUGCCAUUGAGUACGCUGACUAACUGGACUCUGGAAUUCGAGAAAUGGGCACCGUCCAUCAAAAAGAUCGUCUACAAGGGACCUCCACUCGCGAGAAAGGCACACCAAGCCCAAGUUCGAUCCGGUGACUUCCAAGCUGUCCUCACGACCUACGAAUACAUUAUCAAGGAUAGGCCGGUCUUGUCGAAGAUUAAGUGGGCUUACAUGAUUGUCGACGAAGGUCACAGAAUGAAGAACAGCGAAUCUAAACUCAGCUUCACUCUUACCACCUACUACAUCUGCCGCUACCGCCUUAUCCUGACGGGUACUCCACUCCAGAACAAUCUGCCUGAAUUGUGGGCCCUUCUCAAUUUCGUCCUGCCGAAUAUCUUCAAAUCUGUCAAGAGUUUCGACGAAUGGUUCAACACCCCCUUUGCCAAUACUGGUGGUCAAGACAAAAUGGAACUCACAGAAGAAGAGGCAUUGCUUAUUAUCAGACGUCUUCAUAAGGUUCUAAGGCCUUUCUUGUUGAGACGUCUCAAGAAGGAUGUCGAGGCAGAACUUCCAGACAAGGUCGAAAAGGUUGUCAAGUGCAAGUUUUCAGCACUACAGGCCAAACUUUACAACCAGAUGAAGCAAAGCGGUGCGAUUUUCGUCGCCAGCGAAAAUCAGAAAUCAGGUCGUGUUAGCAUCAAGGGCCUGAGUAACAUGCUUAUGCAGCUUCGAAAAAUCUGUAACCAUCCGUUUGUCUUCGAGGAUGUUGAGAAUGCAAUCAGUCCCGGGCCGCUAGCAAAUGACUUGCUGUGGCGUACGGCUGGUAAAUUUGAACUUCUCGAUCGUUUGCUUCCAAAAUUUUUCGCAGCGGGCCACAGAAUUCUCAUGUUUUUCCAGAUGACGCAGAUCAUGAACAUCAUGGAGGAUUUCUUGAAUUUCAGAGGCUGGAAGUUCAUGCGGUUGGACGGCUCAACGAAAGCCGACGAUCGUAGUGUAAUGUUGAAGGACUUCAAUGCUCCUGGUUCGGACUAUUUGAUUUUCUUGCUAUCCACCCGUGCUGGUGGUCUCGGUCUUAACCUUCAAACUGCCGACACGGUCAUCAUUUACGACUCCGAUUGGAAUCCCCAUCAGGAUCUCCAGGCCCAGGAUCGUGCCCACAGAAUCGGCCAAAAGAACGAGGUGCGAAUCUUGCGUCUUAUCACCAGCAAUUCCGUAGAAGAGAAGAUUCUAUCGAGGGCACAGUACAAGCUCGACAUCGAUGGAAAAGUCAUUCAGGCUGGUAAAUUCGACAACAAGUCUAAGGACGAGGAGCGAGAUGCUCUUUUGAGAUCUUUACUUGAAGUCGACGAAACUGAGAAGGAUGACGGAGAUGAACAACUAGAUGAUGAUGAGUUGAAUGAGGUCUGUGCUAGAAAUGACCAAGAAUUGCAAAUGUUCAGGCAGAUGGAUAAGGACCGAGAGGCAAAUUCACCAUACGGAGAAGGCAAGGCAUUGGCUCGACUUAUGGAAGAAUCCGAGCUUCCUGCUGUUUACCUGCAGGAAGAUAUCGGCCCAGAAGUUGAAGAGAUUGUACCCACAGGCCGUGGUGCACGUGAGAGGACACAGGUCAGAUACGAUGACGGCCUUACGGAAGAACAGUGGCUCGAUGCUAUGGAUGAUGACGAGGAUACCGUCGAGGACGCAAUACGCCGGAAGCGUGAGUCUCAAGCUAAACGAGCUGCUAAUAAGGCUAAGAAGCAAGGGAGCGGGGAAGGCGAAGAAGAAGAAGAAGAGGAGGCACCCCCGACACCAGAGGAGAUUCCUGUUGCGACACCUAAUAAGAGAAAGCGUGGUCGUCAACCGAAGGCUGAGAAGCGUAAGAGGGAGGAGGAAGUAGUUGAGGAAGCACCAAAACGCAAGCGUGCAAAGGGCAAGAACAGCAACGCAGACCCAUUGACUAAUAAGGAACGCGCCAAUCUGCAAGAGGCGAUGGUCAGAAUUCAUGCUGCGGUGAUUGAUCUCCCCGAGGAUGAGGAGUCGGAACGAAAAUGCUCAGAACACUUUGUGGUUCUGCCGAGCAAAAAGUUCUACCCAGACUAUUAUAAGAUAAUACUCCGUCCGAUAUCGUUUGAUAUGAUAAAGAAGAAGAUAGACCGGGAGGAUUAUAUGUCUUUGAACGACUUCAAGGAGGACUUUUUGCUUAUGUUCAGGAACGCUAAGCUUUACAACGAAGAGGGCAGCAUGGUUUACGAAGAUGCUGUUGCUAUGGAGGAUGAAUUCCGCUCACAAGCCCAGAAAGAGGCCGAGAAGUACAAUAUGCCACUCGACCUUUCUGACCCAGUGGAAGUUCCUGCAAUCGACAGCGCCCUACUCGGUGCCAUCGCCGGUGAAGCUAAAGACGGAUCCGCUGCUCCGACUGGAUCUGUCAGCGGGACGCCAGCAGCCAAUCCACCACCUGUCACACCUAACAUUAAGCUCAAGUUCAGCGUCAGCAAGAAACCACCCCCGGAGGAAGAAGAGGAAGAUCAUGGAGAUAGUGGUGAUGAAGGCGAGGACGACUAA